GCGACCAUCAGCGACCACAUGGCAUCCUUGCACACGUCAAGAUGAGUCCUCCGCGGCGCGUUUUCGGCGCGCCCGACACCCUCAACGGCAGCGGCAGAAGAUACCUACCAACAGCAACAUCAAUACCGUCUGCUCUAUCUCCGUCCGCGUUCAUACUCAUCAGCCUCACCGUUCAACCUCAGCCUGAGGCUCAGAUUCUGCCUCACGCCGCGACCGCGAACGCGAGCGAUGUAUAAAUAUCAUACGUCCACGGGGUGUUAUUUAUAGCCGCUGGUGCUGACGAACAUUUUCGCAGCACACUACAGUGUACAACGAGUUCUUCCAUCGUUCCCUGAGACUCCCGAAAGUGCCAGGUGCCAGUUGCCAGUUCCGAUUUGUAAGUGCGCCCGCGGCCCCGGACCCCGGAGUUAGCUACUUCCGCAAGAUGCCCCCCGUUAACGUUAACGUACGUGUACGUUAACGCGGAUGCAGUGUUCGUGGUCGCCAGUGCAAAUUGUGAGAUUGUGAUUAAAAACGCGAACGCGAAUGCCGAACUGCAGUGCGCAACUUUCAAUCGAUGAACAGAAACAAACAGAAACAAGCCAACAUAAUACGGACAUUGCCAUAUAGGAGAGUGCGGACGAGUUGAGUGUAGAUGGUGAUGGGUUUAACGAUGCCAGCGGCCCAUUUUGCCGCUCAUAUCUCAAGAACGUGUACAACAGCGCGAGAAGUACCAGCCCUAGUAUCCUGCAGGUCCACGUCCAAUUUGGGUGGUGCCCGGUGACGAGCAGAGCAGUACUGGCAGUAGCUGCUGUUUUCGUUGCGCGACCCUGAGGAAUGUUCAUCCCGGACAGUUUGCGCAGCUGCAUGGUUGAGCCCGAUGUCUCCUCAUACUUGCAGACGCCUUCCUCGGGACAGGAUGAAUUUCACCCGUUCAUCGAGGCUCUUCUACCUUUCGUUAAGUCCUUUUCCUACACAUGGUUCAAUCUACAAGCAGCUAAGAGGAAAUACUACAAGAAGCACGAGAAACGAAUGUCCUUGGAAGAGGAAAGGCAAUGCAAGGAAGCCCUACAGAACGAGAAGGCGGAAGUGAAGCAGAAAUGGGCGUCUCGUCUUCUGGGCAAGUUGAGGAAGGACAUCACCCAGGAAUGCCGGGAGGACUUUGUUCUGAGCAUCACCGGCAAGCGGCCAGCCGUUUGCGUCUUGUCCAACCCCGACCAAAAGGGGAAAAUGCGUAGAAUAGACUGCCUGCGCCAGGCUGACAAGGUCUGGCGACUAGAUCUCGUUAUGGUGAUACUUUUUAAAGCAAUACCGCUGGAAAGCACUGACGGAGAGAGACUCGAGAAGAAUCCCGAUUGUGCUCAACCAGGACUAUGUGUGAAUCCAUAUCAUAUAAAUGUUUCCGUUAGGGAGUUGGAUCUCUAUCUCGCUAAUUUCAUCAAUAGCCAUGAAAUCUUGAGUGGGGUGUGUUACAAUAACAACAAAAAGGAGGAUGAACGAAAAACCAAAGGAUACACCCACAAUCCAUAUAACGGAGUGGUAUGUAAUGACAUAAUACUAGCUACUGGAGUAUUUUCGUCAAAGGAAUUAUGGAAAUUAUCAAAAUCAUCCAUCUUACAUGAGCUAUCGGAUCCACAACCUAAUAUGAACAACGUUAAGUUAGAACACCCUGCAUUUUACUGUAAUAGCUAUUCCGAGCAAGGACCUGUCAUUGUAGACAGGUCGUCCUCAGUAGAUACGAUGGUAGUUUCAGCCACAUACUCAAUGCCUCAAAAUACAACGUUAGUGUCUUCCAGUUCACAAGCCAGUCCAGGUACCUUAUUUUAUCAGCAUAGUCCAGAUUCUCACCACCAACACCAGAAUCAAGUAAAAUAUCCAGAAAAUGGGCACGACACUCUCUCUGACUUUGUUACCUUUGUUUGUCAAGAAACAGAUAGUAAUCAAAACGCACAGGUAUAUAGUAUGCAGUCUUCCCCGUUGUCUCGCAGCCCGAAGGGGCAGUACUUCCCGUCCAUGCUCCCCCCGCCGCCUCUGCCCCCAAUGGCCCGGCCCGUGGCCAUAAUCCGUUCGACGAGCGACGUCGCCAUGGGCUCGGGAGGUUCGCCGCCCCCAAAUCAGGGGCAACCGACGGCCGGUACGAUCACUCCGCCCUGUGGCGCUGGCGAGACGUCCCCUGCCGACGAGGUACCAGACAUUGCCUCAUCUCCACCAUUAAGCCCCACCACAGCCACCGCCGGCACGGGAAAGAAGUCACCCUCGCUCAGAAAUUCAGUACCUACCAGCAGUCCGUACUCCCCAACCAGGGACUAUACGUUUAACCAUUUCCAUGGACAGCCCGCAGGACAUCUUUUCAGUUACCCCAGUAUGACGGGGAUGUCUGGUGUUAUCAGUCCUACCAACCUCAGUAUGUACUCGCCCAACGUGACUACGUCGAGAGCGGUAUACCUCGAUGGAGCACUCCACUUCUAACCUUCGACCAGGAGGAUUUCAGCAUGAUCACCCAUCCUGGCGGUGGAGAGCCAGGGGCGAUCAUUCUGAUGGAAGAGUCGAGUCCUCAAGGGGGUCAGGGGAACACUCCUUCGACUAAUGGGAGUGGAGGCGGCACAGCCGCGUCUGGUAGCGCGCCCUCUAGUGACCACACGGGACACUGCUGUAACAGUGCGAACUUGAUGUGUGACGCUGACAGGUUCUUCCAGGGUGCAGGCGAGGCUCUGGAGCACGGGGCCUCGACGAGGGACUCGGACCAGUUGGCCGUUGCCAAUGCUACUGGGCCCAAGUCGCCAUAACAACGACAAACUGCCUUAUAUUCCAGGAAAUAUCCGCGUUAGACCAAUAGAAGUAUACAAUACAGUCAAUUCAUGUCCGGAAAGUGUGUCUUUUCAUGCGCUCUUAACAAUAUUACACUUGCUAAAGUCUAUCAAGUCAAUGAAAGGUGGGUGGACCAUAAACAGUUAUUAUUCUUUCACGAGGAAAUAAAGGAAUAGGAGCAGAAAUAAAAUUGCUAACACGAGCUAUGUACGUUUCUACUUAUUACCUUCAUCAAGCCUAAAUGGAUGUUUAUGGAAAACAUAUACCCAUCACAUCUGGAUACGGGUGUAACCUGAAGAAAAACAAGAGCCAGCAGGCACAUGGCUUCGGAGAAGAGCUCGUGGCGACGUGGGUUGAUAUCUCGUAAACACGAGGUCUUCUGACCAAAGACACAAACGUGCCUGCUGGCUCUUGUUGGUGGUUUCUAGUUGUAUUUCCCUCUUUGUGAUCAAAUCUGCUUAUACAGGGUGACUUUAAAGUUGAGUCAUUAAUUUUCAGAUGAUUGUAGAAGGAAGAUAAACCAAAAUAUGUGUGUAAAAAUAAAAAAAAUAAAAAAAAAGCUACUUUGUUUUAUAAAGUAUCCUCCAGACAAGUAUUUCAGUGCGGACCUGUAUUUGAUCGUGCGGUCUUGGAGCACCGGCAUGCCCUCCCCUGUGAGGUCUUAAGUCACCUGAUUCACGAGCCCUUUGUACUACAUUAACAAAGGCACGAGGGGUUGGUUGCACUCGAUUGGGAAACCGAUCCGCAUAAAUCCGUGAUGCCGCGGCAGCAUUUUGUAAAGACUCCCCCCCGCAAAUGAGAAUCAUGUCCACAAGUUCAGCAUUUUCGUAAACAUGUGCCAUUUUUUAUUUCGUUUGAGCCCCGCAACAAACACCACUAUUCACUCACGCGUUACCGACUGACACAUUGACUGAAUACAACUGAAUAAAAUUGUAGUAAAAACAUCGUGAUAAGCGCUUCAAAUUCUUUCGCUUUUUUGUUUCCGAUGCGAUGAACCGAUAAGGCGGAUUAUAUCCGUUGUUGCCAAACACGAGCACAUAAUAUUAUUAUUGGUACUCAAACUUCUGAAGGGCUAUAACUUUGUUACUUUAAUUUUACCACAAACAUGUUAUAGGAAAAAAACAUUUCUUUUGAUCAGAUCUACUCACUGACUCAACUUCGAAGUCACCCUGUAUAUCUCAAACUGCAUAUAAAGGUCUUUCAUUAAGGUGAUUAUGAAUAUAUUGUCAUAAAAAAACACUCAAGGAAUAUUACUUGAACACCAUCCUAAAACUAAGAAUAUAUUCGUGAAAUGCUUUAAAAACAAUCCAACUAUAAAUCAAAUAAAUUACCAGUAACCUUUGUAAUGAAAUAAAAAAAUGUGUCCAGCAAAAUAGGUCCUUUUCUUGUAAGGCCAAAAUGUUCCAGGUGGCGUUAGAAAUGUUUUACAUUUUGGUAAAUAUUGAGUUGGUACAAUUCAAAAACCCGACUUCCCCUACAACUAAAAACUAACGAUGGAUGUUGGUGUGAGUACAAGAAAUUUGUCAACUAUAGGGCUUUGUAAUAAUCGGCCUUACAAUUAGCAUAGCCUCCAUGGUCCACCCAUCUUACAUAAAUAUUGAUUUGAACACAUCAAAAGACGGUGAGUUAAUUUCUCUAGCAACUGGGAAUCAUUUUUAUUCCUGAAUCAAAUGGUCUACAUUCAGAUAUGCGAACAUCUGUUGGACGUUGAAAUUUUUAUUGCAAGUUAUGAACCGUGAUUGUUAUAAUAGCUACUUAUUAAAAGAAAAAAUCUACAAACCCAUCAAGUGCAUCUGACAAAAAUCAGCAUAAAACUAUCGAAACAGUUCUGCAUAUUGUACAGUUGCAUGAGAUUUCGGCGUUCAGCUAUUUUUGCAUUCUCCAAAGUUUUUAAGAGGUUAUUUCCUGGAUAAAUAAGUCUCUUUUACAUUCAUUGCUCUACUUCCAGCUAGAGUUGCUUCAUUGUUAUUUUAUUCCGUAUUUGAAUAACCCAACCAGUGAAUCAUAUAUUGCUUACAGGCUCUGAAAUUAUUAGAAGCCAGAAGUCACUGACUUUCUAAACGAGCUUUCUUUUUUUGAUCCUUUUACUAGAUAACACAAACACUAUAGUUAUGCUAAUGCCAGUUCUGUAUAUGUUUUUACAAAACCAUUACAGGAAAAAUACAUUUUGAAUAAUUAUAUUUUGGAUUACAUUCAUCUGGUAUGGAAAUUUGCAGAAUAAAGGUUUUUCCACGUGGUUGAUGCUUUCUCACUUGUUCAGCAAUAACAACUGCCAAAUUUUCUAGGUGGACUUAUACAUUCCAUUUCUAUGCUGUUUAUUUCAGACGCAAUCCACCAGAAACGAAUACUGACUACCUAAACUAAUUUUUACUGCUACUACCCAACACCAUGUUUAUAUCAAUAUAAGCUAUGGAAUUUUAUUCGCUUUUACAAUGUAUCAGUUAUUUCUGUCAACUGUUAUUUUUAGCCAUUGUCCUACGUAUAUUACUUUUCUCAAUGUCGAAACAUUUUAGAUUUGUGAAAGUUCAUCGAAUCGGCUGUUAAUCCACUGAGAUAUGUCCGCAACGGGCAAUUGAGAGUUGUGAAUGGAGCAUGGGAUGUAAUAGAGACGCACAAAGCUUUUUUGCCAAUUUGUGUGUGAUGUUUAGUUGGAUUAUAAUAAUUUCGCGCAAGUAAUGCGCUAUAGAAGCUGCUCAAAUAGAGUUAAAGUGCAGACUAGUGAAAUAGUACACUAAAUGCCGAUGCACAAAUACAGAAUUAUUGUUAGAAUAUCCCUUUAUAGCAUCGGUAUCGUUAGUGUCGUUAGUCUUCUCGACGUACGCCAGACCGAUUUACAUCCCUCCCGUACUUUUUUGAAAUGGCCAAGCCGAGGUCAAAGAUGUAAAUAACACAUUUUGGAGUAUUUAAAAAUGAAUAUUUAUGAGUGACACGAAGGGGUGUGGAUUUGGCGGCCUUCCGUUUAAAUUCCGUUCCUAUGUUGGGUAGAAUAUCCAGCGAUGCUUGUCUUCCACGAAAGAGCUUGUUGUUGCGUGAACAAGCAGUGAGCUGGGUCUGUGCCUUAGUAUUACAAUAAUAUUGAUACUGUUAUCGUAGCCUAGUUAGAGACAUUAUAUAAUCGAGCUUGGUCCGCUCAAACAUCGGUCACAUCACUUCUGCUCCACUCAAAAUAGACCAUACCAAAACUUGCCAAACGCUCAUUUUCAAACACAGACAUACUACGGUAGUUUGGACACAGGUUCAACAUCAUACACAGGGUGAUCCAAAAGUUCUGAAACGGCUAGAUAUUUGGGAAUAUUCAAAGGGCUUGGUAAAGGUAAAAUAGUAGAGGGCUAUUCAGUGGUGACAUUGAAUUCGACCUUGAGCAGACCUUGAAGCCUGUUCUUUAGACCGUGGAAACCGAUAUAACGGAAGAUAUUACGUUUAAAUAUGAGAAUUGUUUAAACCACGAACGUCAUGUCUAAAAGUCAAAUUUUCCAUACUAUCUGCUUUCGGGUCCAAACGUAUAUGGUACCUUAUGAAAAAAUUGUCUAGACCUUGAUUCCACCGUCAAGGUUGUGGUCAAGGUCUGUUUCAGGAUCACCCGUGAAUAGUCAGGGAAAUUCAAGCUCAUGCUGUCUUUGAGUUCUUAUGAUUGCUUUAUCGUUAAAAAUAUCCCAGUUUUGACGGUGACCUUGCCAUGCCUGAACGUAAAGUUUUCCCUUCUGGUCAAAAGUAUAGAGUACUGAGAUAUGAAAUGGUCUUAACAUUGAUUGGACCAUUAAGGUGAUGUUAAAGCUCAGUUUCAAGGUCAUCAGUGAUUAGUCAGAGAUAAAUUGAAGCUCCUGAUGCGUUCGGGACUUUAUUUUUGCUUUAUUUUCAGAAAUAUCCCGGAAAUCAUUCGAAACAAGAGUUUUUUACGAUGACCUUGAUCAGAACGACCAUAUUCGAAAGGCUUGGUAAACGUAAAAUGGAAGAGGGCUUUUCCCCGGCUAUUCAGUGGUGACAUUGAAUUUGACCUUGACUUUAUUAAAACGGAACUCUGUACUUUGGACCGUCGAAACGGAUAUAACGGAAAAUAUCACGUUUAAAUAUGACGUUGGUUGGGAAUCGUUUAAACCACGAAUGCUAUGUCUGAAAGUCAAAUUUUCCAUACUAUCCGCUUUCGGGUCCAAACGUAUAUGGUACCUUGUGAAAAAAAUGUCUAGACCUUGAUUCCACCGUCAAGGUUAUGGUCAAGGUCAGUUUCAGGGUCACCCGUGAAUAGUCAGGGAAAUUCAAGCACAUGCUGUCUUUGAGUUCUUAUGAUUGCUUUAUCGUUAAAAAUAUCCCUAAAAUCGGCCAUUUUUACUGUGACCUUGACAAGGACGUUCAAAAAAAUAGUUUUCACCCAAAGCCAUACCUGAACGUAAAGUUUUCCGUUCUACCUCUUACUCUGGUCAAAACAUAUAAAAUGGUCUUAACAUUGAUUAGACCGUCAAGGUCAUGGUAAAGCUCAGUUUCAGAAAGAUCCCUGAAAUCAUUAGAGAAGAGCGUUUUUUACGAUGACCUUGAUCAGAACGACGAUAUUCAAAAGGCUUGGUAAACGUAAAAUGGAAGAGGGCUUUUCCCUGGCUAUUCAGUGGUGACAUUGAAUUUGACCUUGAGCAAAUUAAAGUAAAUACUUUUUUAAAACGGGAUCCUGUACUUUGGACCGUAGAAACGGAUGUAAUGGAAAAUAUCACGUUUAAAUAUGACGUUGGUUGGGAAUCGUUUAAACCACGAACGCUAUGUCUGAAAGUCAAAUUUUCCAUACUAUCUGCUUUCGGGUCCAAACGUAUAUGAUACCUUGUGAAAAAAUUGUCUAGACCUUGAUUUCACCGUCAAGGUUAUGGUCAAGGUCAGUUUCAGGGUCACCCGUGAAUAGUCAGGGAAAUUCAAGCACAUGCUGUCUUUGAGUUCUUAUGAUUGCUUUAUCGUUAAAAAUAUCCCUAAAAUCGCCCAUUUUACUGUGACCUUGACAAGGACGUUCAAAAAAAUAGUUUUCACCCAAAGCCAUACCUGAACGUAAAGUUUUCCGUUCUACCUCUUACUCUGGUCAAAAUCAUUCGAGAAUAGCGUUUUUUACGAUGACCUUGAUCAGACCGACCAUAUUCGAAAGGCUUGUUAAACGUAAAAUGGAAGAGGGCUUUUCCCUGGUUGUUCAGUGGUGACAUUGAAUUUGACCUUGAGCAAAUUAAAGUAAAGACUUUAUUAAAACGGGAUCCUGUACUUUGAACCGUGGAAACGGAUAUAACGGAAGAUAUCACGUUUAAAUAUGACGUUGGUUGAGAAUCGUUUAAACCACGAACGCUAUGUCUGAAAGUCAAAUUUUCCAUACUAUCCGCUUUCGGGUCCAAACGUAUAUGGUACCUUGUGAAAAAAUUGUCUAAACCUUGAUUCCACCGUCAAGGUUAUGGUCAAGGUCAGUUUCAGGGUCACCCGUGAAUAGUCAGGGAAAUUCAAGCACUUCUUUGAGUUCUUAUGAUUGCUUUAUCGUUAAAAAUAUCCCUAAAAUCGCCAAUUUUUACUGUGACCUUGACAAGGACGUUCAAAAAAAUAGUUUUCACCCAAAGCCAUACCUGAACGUAAAGUUUUCCGUUCUACCUCUUACUCUGGUCAAAAGUAUAGAGUACUAACAUAUAAAAUGGUCUUAACGUUGAUUAGACCGUCAAGGUCAUGGUAAAGCUCAGUUUCAGAAAGAUCCCUGAAAUCAUUCGAGAAGAGCGUUUUUUACGAUGACCUUGAUGAGAACGACGAUAUCCAAAAGGCUUGGUAAACGUAAAAUGGAAGAGGGCUUUUCCCUGGUUAUUCAGUGGUGACAUUGAAUUUGACCUUGAGCAAAUUAAAGUGAAGACUUUUUUAAAACGGGAUCCUGUACUUUGGACCGUGGAAACGGAUAUAGCGGAAGAUAUCACGUUUAAAUAUGACGUUGGUUGAGAAUCGUUUAAACCACGAACGCUAUGUCUGAAAGUCAAAUUUUCCAUACUAUCCGCUUUCGGGUCCAAACGUAUAUGGUACAUUGUGAAAAAAUUGUUUAGACCUUGAUUCCACCGUCAAGGUUAUGGUCAAGGUCAGUUUCAGGGUCACCCGUGAAUAGUCAGGGAAAUUCAGGCACAUGCUGUCUUUGAGUUCUUAUGAUUGCUUUAUCGUUACAAAUAUCCCUAAAAUCGCCAAUUUUUACUGUGACCUUGACAAGGACGUUCAAAAAAUAUUUUUCACCCAAAGCCAUACCUGAAAGUAAAGUUUUCCGUUCUACCUCUUACUCUGGUCAAAAGUGUAGAGUACUAACAUAUAAAAUGGUCUUAACAUUGAUUAGAUCGUCAAGGUCAUGGUAAAGCUCAGUUUCAGAAAGAUCCCUGAAAUCAUACGAGAAGAGCGUUUUUUACGAUGACCUUGAUCAGAACGACGAUAUCCAAAAGGCUUGGUAAACGUAAAAUGGAAGAGGGCUUUUCCCUGAUUAUUCAGUGGUGACAUUGAAUUUGACCUUGAGCAAAUUAAAGUGAAGACUUUUUUAAAACGGGACUCUGUACUUUGGACCGUGGAAACGGAUAUAACGGAAGAUAUCACGUUUAAAUAUGACGUUGGUUGGGAAUUGUUUAAACCACGAACGCUAUGUCUGAAAGUAAAAUUUUCCAUACUAUCCGCUUUCGGGUCCAAACGUAUAUGGUACCUUGUGAAAAAAUUGUCUAGACCUUGAUUCCACCGUCAAGGUUAUGGUCAAGGUCAGUUUCAGGGUCACCCGUGAAUAGUCAGGGAAAUUCAAGCACAUGCUGUCUUUGAGUUCUUAUGAUUGCUUUAUCGUUAAAAAUAUCCCUAAAAUCGCCCAUUUUUACUGUGACCUUGACAAGGACGUUCAAAAAAAUAGUUUUCACCCAAAGCCAUACCUGAACGUAAAGUUUUCCGUUCUACCUUUUACUCUGGUCAAAAGUAUAGAGUACUAACAUAUAAAAUGGUCUUAACAUUGAUUAGACCGUCAAGGUCAUGGUAAAGCUCAGUUUCAGAAAGAUCCCUGGAAUCAUUAGAGAAGAGCGUUUUUUACGAUGACCUUGAUCAGAACGACGAUAUCCAAAAGGCUUGGUAAACGUAAAAUGGAAGAGGGCUUUUCCCUGGUUAUUCAGUGGUGACAUUGAAUUUGACCUUGAGCAAAUUAAAGUGAAGACUUUUUUAAAACGGGACUCUGUACUUUGGACCGUGGAAACGGAUAUAACGGAAGAUAUCACGUUUAAAUAUGACGUUGGUUGAGAAUCGUUUAAACCACGAACGCUAUGUCUGAAAGUCAAAUUUUCCGCACUUCCGUUCUCGGGUCCAAACGUAUAUGGUACCUUGUAAAAAUUAUCUAGAUCUUGAUUUCACCGUCCAGGUUAUGGUCAAGGUCAGUUUCAGGGUCACCCGUGAAUAGUCAGGGAAAUUCAAGCACAUGCUGUCUUUGAGUUCUUAUGAUUGGUUUAUCCUUAAAAAUAUCCCUAAAAUCGCCAAUUUUUACUGUGACCUUGACAAGGACGUUCAAAAAAAUAGUUUUCACCCAAAGCCAUACCUGAACGUAAAGUUUUCCGUUCUACCUCUUACUCUGGUCAAAAUCAUUCGAGAAUAGCGUUUUUUACGAUGACCUUGAUCAGAACGACGAUAUUCAAAAGGCUUGGUAAACGUGAAAUGGAAGAGGGCUUUUCCCCGGCUAUUCAGUGGUGACAUUGAAUUUGACCUUGAGCAAAUUAAAGUGAAACUUUUUUAAAACGGGAUCCUGUACUUUGGACCGUGGAAACGGAUAUAACGGAAGAUAUCACGUUUAAAUAUGACGUUGGUUGGGAAUCGUUUAAACCACGAACGCUAUGUCUGAAAGUCAAAUUUUCCAUACUAUCCGCUUUCGGGUCCAAACGUAUAUGGUACCUUGUGAAAAAAUUGUCUAGACCUUGAUUCCACCGUCAAGGUUAUGGUCAAGGUCAGUUUCAGGGUCACCCGUGAAUAGUCAGGGAAAUGCAAGCUCAUGCUGUCUUUGAGUUCUUAUGAUUCCUUUAUCGUUAAAUAUAUCCCUAAAAUCGCCCUUUUUUACGGUUACCUUGACAAGGACGUUCAAAAAAGUAAUUUUCACCCAAAGCCAUACGUGAACGUAAAGUUUUCCAUUCUAUCUUUUACUCUGGUCAAAAGUAUAGAGUACUGCGAUAUAACAUGUUCUUAACAUUGAUUGGACCGUCAAGGUCAUGGUACAGCUCCGCUUCAAGGUCAUCACUGGAAAUUCAGAGAUAAAUUAAAGCUUCUGUUGCCUUCCGGAACCUUAUUUUUGUUUUAUUUUCAGAAAGAUCCCUGAAAUCCUCUCAAACGACUGUUUUUACGAUGACCAAGGAAAAACUAAUUUUUAUCCAAGGUCAUACCUGAAUGUAGAAUUUUCCACUUUAUCCGUUACCGGGGUCAAAAGUUAAGGAUUCCACUAAAUGUCAUGUCUAUUUUUUAUUUGACCUUCAAGGUCAUGCUUAGGGUAGAAUUCAAGAUUGCCAAUAAAAGCAAGGGAAAAAUACUGAGCGCUUAAAUGUUUUGCAGUUUCCAGACUUUAGGAUCAUCCUAAAUUGCCUUGAGGCAUUUUUUUUAAGUACGGGAACUACCGAAGUAUUUGCGAAGUUGGCUUUUAGUUUGCAAGAAAAAAAUAACCUGUAUCCAUUGCUUAAUGCUACAUUGGUAUUUUCAUGGCAUGGUCUGGAAAAAAUCUAGUCUGAGGUGAUUGUGACUGUAACAAAAAUCGGCAUUAAAGUAACUUGUAUAUAAUAUAUAUUUAUAUACCAACGUACUUUAGUAGGUAAACGGGCAGCGAAUAGCAUCUUUCAAAAUCUCCAUUGUCGCUUACACGUUUCCAGGUCAACAUGUAAGAACUAUUCUCUUAUUUACAAAAUAUUUACGAUAAGCUUAUAGAGAUAUUCGCGUGACAAUAAUUAUAUUCGUUCUGGCAUACCCUAAUAAUAUACAGAUAAAUAUAGCAUCCAAUAUGGUUUUGAAUAAUUAUUUUAGAGUUAUGAUUUCUUUGGAAACAAGUUCCUUACUUUGGAUAUGAAUGUUCAAUUUUGAUUAAAAAAACGUUUAUCGCUUAUAGGCCUAAUUUUUUAACAUAUUAAGAAAAAAUAGUGACAUAUCUACAAGUUGUAUAAAAAAUCCUUGCAUUCAAAAUUUGAAACAGAACAUCAGGUAUACUCAUCUUGUUAGAGAAUAACACAAUUUGCACUAAUGAUAAUUUGCAACAGUUUAUUAAAAAUGAAAGAUGUUUUUCGUUGCGUUAGUUUUGUAAUAAUUAAAUGAUACUGUGAUUGAGUACAUUUAAAGCAGUAAGGGUUGAGCGUGGAGCUAAAACAGGUCAUAGCUCUAUACAGGUCAACGCUCCCUGAACCUCCUUUGAAUUAUGUUUUCUAGAUUUACUUUGCAACUGAUGUAUUUUCAUUACAUGCACAUUUACGGAAAAUGUAUACAUACGUUCAUUUGUUCGUGUGAACAAAUAAUAAAUAAUAGUAGCAAAUAAAAUUUUCCUAGUAAAAGCUUAAAGAUACGCGCUUUGAGUUUUGUUAUAAUCGAUGACGCCUAUUAUUUUUGUUCUUUCACCUUGUACGCUUUGCUUAUUCUUUUAGAUAUUUACAAUCAAAACAGAACGUACAAUACGGCAUGACCGCUUGAAAUCAAAAUAUGUCACAGUCGCAAACUCAUCAAAGAGACACCACCACCGUUAAGGCGUUAAAAAUGCAGAAAUACAUGGUUAUAAACAGUAUAGUGAGUAAAAUAGUACCUGAAAAAGUUAGUCGUAGACUAGUGGUAAGCUGAUGGGCUGCAUUUGAUGCAAAACACUGUCUUGCUAUUUGAAUUUUCGAUUUUGUAAUAAGCAACUUUUAUGUGGACAUAAAUUAGGUGAUGUUCAAAAAUAGUUUUGCAAACUUGAUUUUGAACAGUAUAAAACCUAAAGGUCACCGGUGACACACUUUUUUUUAGACCAAUAUCGUUUUUAAGAUCCUAAGUAAAGUAAUAAUAUGCAAAGUAGCUAACAACCGCGGGGUUAACUGUAUUAAUUUAGUCAAUUUUACUCUAGUGCCUUCGUAGUUUAUAGUAAAAAUUCAUCGAACCAAAAUGUUCAUCGUCACAUGACAGUCGGUUUCUGUAGCCGAGCUUUCCAACGGUAAAAGCAAAAGCUGCAUUUUUUCUAUAUCAUUAUUAGAUAAUGGUAUGUAUGUACAUGUAUUCUAAGCGGAAUGUGCAUGGAAUGGAAUGACGAAAAAAAUUGUUCAAAGGUAAUAAUAGAAAAGUCGAGAAUCUAGUCACAUAACUUAGCAGAGUGGCCCUGACUGACAUACCUACUCCCUCCGCUAAAAUAUUAACAGUUUUGCUCUGUGGACACUCUGCAAUCCAUUUCCCAUUCUAUCCCUGUAGUUCAAGUAAAUAGAUCAGAUCUAAGCAGGUUUUUCAAUCAAAACAUGCGAAAACGGUUUUAUUUAUUUAAAAAUAUAACUUUGUUAUUUUAUUUUAUUUUUGUAAGGCUGCUCAGCUCUUUUAGGAAAUCGACCAAAGAGUCAUAUGAAUAAGUUUAGUGAAAUCGAGACAAUAAUUUUUUUGUAGGGAUAACAGUACUCUCAAACCCAGAAAACACUAUUUGUUGUGUUAGUUUUAACCGCUAAGUCAUCCCUGAAUAAUUAGUUUCAGAUUUCAAUAUGGUAACUGACAUAAAACAGAAACUGUUUAAAUUUUGUAACCUAGAAGUUUUUUGUUUUUCUGCUUAAACAAUUUCAAAGACAAAAUGUUUUAAAGGAAUUCUCACUCUAAGAUAUUUAGUGUUAAGAUAAUUUGUACAUAUUGUUUGUGUUGUUUAUUUAUUUUAUAUAGUACGUUAUCUUUGUAUGUUGUAGAAAUUGUGUGAUAUAAUAAUUCUAAUAUUUUGUUGAUAUAGUUCUUAGUUGAAAUUAAAUAUUUUAACUAAAUAAAUGAAACCAAGCGAAUGAUCUAUUCACUUGAAGUUACUUGUACUAGCCUCCGAGUAUAGUAAAAAAUAAUGAUUAUCCUGUAAAUAAUGAAAUUAUUUGUUACUUAUGCAUAUACUUAUAGAAUCGGGUGAUAUUUAACCAGUGCCAUUGAUAUAUUGUUGAUUCGAUUGUUAGGCGUGAAUACGUCAAGUAGUUAUUAUUAUGAAUUACUUAGUAAGCUUAACAAAAUGCGAUUGUAUGAGUUUUAAUUUUAAGAAUAAAUCAGAGGGUUUAUUUCAUA